UCUCCUCUUUUGGGGGGGGGAAGGGCCAUCUGUUGGUUCGGUUGCGGUGAUUUCGGCUGAAACCACGACACAUGUAAAUACCUUGGGCAGCUGCUACUGCCAAACUGUUGCAGCAGACAUUUCUCGGUGGUGGCAAAGUCCUGAGAGCUUUAGGGCUGCAGAAAGCCACCUCACAACCUCCCUUUAUAUAUCAGCCUGGGACUGCUGGAAACGAUCCAUCUGCAGGGGUGGUCCACUUCAGCAUUCAGCAAAUACUUAAAGUAGGAACUCUAAUUAUUAACUUUUAAGGAUUUUUUUUUUUGGCUAAGGCUUCUUUUUCCCUUGUAUCCUAAUUUUUUUCUUCAUGGCUCUGCAGUUCAAGAUUGCAGUCUUUCCUCUUUUACUUGCUGCCUUUCUUUCUGUCCAGCUUUGCCACCCAGGAGCAAAGACUUCAAGACUAGUGGUUUUAUAAUCAGUGGAAAACAAGGUCCAAAGCUGUUCCCAUCAUAGAAUCACAGAGUCAUAUUCCCAUAAGUGAUCUCAGCUUUAGCUGGGAUGCACGUUAGUUUCAGGUCCUAGAUUCAUCCUCAUGGUAUCCUUUCCCUGCCAUCUUUGACUCUUACUUUUUAAAAUAAAGAGGCAUUUUCUUACCAUUGUAUUUUCUCUGUUCUGCCUUUUUUCUGCAGCAACUGCUAAUGCCCGCCCUCUUGAUGCUAACUGCUGUUGCUUACUGUUUGUCUGGUUUUGGCCUUAAAACAGUAAAUACUGGAGAAAAAACAUCUUGUCUUCGGUGCUGGUGGUGUUUGUAGGAGCACCCUGCCCAACAGCAGCAUUCAUGGCGGUUGUUGGAGCUCAGUAGGGACACCAGGCAGGGAGGUAGCACAGAAUCCAGCUAGAGCAGACAAGACACCAACUUGCCUGUUUUGUUGGGUUUUGCUACCUCAAGCUGAGAGUCUUGGAAGAGAAAGAAGAGAUGAGGUAUCAGAAGGAUUCCUGAUUGCUGAACCUGACCUAACUGCCCAGAUGGACCAAGGAGAAGAACAAGAUCAGGAGGCCUUGGAGGAGACAUACAUGGAUGGUGAGCUUCAUCCCCUUCCAGAUCACCUUGCAAAUGCAGAUCAGCAGGACAUGUUGGCAGCAGGGUCCGGGGGAGGAGAGGAACUGUUAGGAGACAGCCAUGGAAGUCAGAGCAGUUGCCCAGAGGCACAGCAAGGUGACUGUGAGGAGGAAGAGGAGGCUAAGCUGCCUUGCUCUGAUAUCAGCCUGGUGAGAAGACAGGAGAGAAGGGUGGCAGCAGCCUCACGGCGAGCCGCUCGUGUAGAACGGCCCACGAUCUGCUCUGAGUGUGGCAAGGGCUUCAGUCGGAGCAUCCACCUCAUCCAGCACCAGCGAAUGCACACUGGGGAGCGCCCGUUCCUGUGUGGGGAGUGUGGCAAGGGCUUCAGCCAGAGCUCCCAUCUCAUCCAGCACCGGCGGGUCCACACGGGCCAGAAACCCUACACCUGUGCUGAGUGCGGGAAGAGCUUCAGCCAGAGCUCCAACCUCCUCAAGCACCAGCGCAUCCACACCGGGCUCAAACCCUACGUGUGCAGCGAGUGUGGGAAGAUCUUCAGCGACAGCUCCACCUGCAUCAAACACCAGCGUAUGCACACAGGCGAGCGGCCCUACAAGUGCCCGGCCUGUGGGAAAAGCUUCAGCCAACACUCCCACCUCCUUCAGCACCAGCGAGCCCAUGAUGGCAUCCGGCCUUACGCCUGUGGGCAGUGUGGCAAGUGUUUUGGGCAGAGCUCCGACCUCAUUAACCACGCUCGUACCCACACUGGUGAGAAGCCUUACAAAUGCAGCCAGUGCGGCCGGGGCUUCAGUGGCAACUCCAACCUCAUCAAGCAUACCCGCAUCCACACCGGGGAGCAGCCUUACCGCUGCACCCAGUGUGGGGAAAGCUUUCGGUUCCAGCCCCAGCUGGUGCGCCACCAGAAGCACCAUACAGAGUAGAUGGUGGAGAGGAGAAGGUCAUGUGGACCGUAGGCAGCUACCUGGUGUUGGGAAGACACACAGCUGCUCCCUGGACACCUCACACAGGGCAUGAAUUUUGGGGGAGGGAGCCCUCAGAGCCUGUGCCCUUUUUUUCUGGGUCAGUCUGUUUGUGAGCACUGCCCAGACACUUGAGCAAAGAGGGAGGCCGCUGCAGAACGAACUGUGGUGCAGUUCACUGAGCCCCUCUUUUGGGGAUGGAGAAAAGAAAGGUGCUUGCGGUAUGGUACGUUCCAGGCCAGAGAGGAGAACAUAGAAAUGUUCAAAGGAUCAGUGCCUUUUUCUGUUAUUUCUAGUGGGGAAUGAUUUUUAUCCCAGUAAAAACCAGCUAAAAUUGGUACCUGUUUUCUUUACAAGCUGCCUGAGUUUUGCCCUCACAGUAAGGCAAUCGCCUGGGAUGAUCGCUCCCCUUAGAAUCCACGUCUCCCGCUUGCCGGUAUUCUUGGAUUUAGGUGGUGUUAAUUAGCAUCUAUUUAUUUUAAAACCCCACAACUCUGUGCUGGGUGCCUCUGCGUACUUGUUGUGGGCCCAGCUGAUGCUCUGUUGGGGCCACGUCUAUGGAAUGAUAUUUUUGCUGGGUUGUAUGGUUGUUAAAUUGGCAAUUCGACAAAUUACACUGCUGUUUGACAGCAGCAAUUAAGUAAAUUAACAUCAUAAUAGGUUCUCAGAUUCUUGUGUCGGUUCUUUUCUGUGUGGCACUUUAUGAAUGUUUUUAUAAGACUCUAAAAAGUAUUUAGGAUGACUUUUUUAAUUGUGAGCUUCUAAUUGUCCGUUGAUGAACAGAAAGAGGAUGAUGUUUGAAAAAUAAGCUAUGUCAAACUGAUUUUAUAUUAAAUGUGAAACAUUUUU